AUGAAGCGCAAGAUUGAAGACACAAACGAGCUGGCCGACGAGGCCAGGCGACCGCCCAGAGACGCCGACAAGAGCUUCUCCUUUACCGACCUCGCUCUCGAUCCUCGUCUGGUGCAAGCCGUUGCCGAGCAAAAGUUUUCCCGGCCGACGCUGGUGCAGCGGAUGGCCAUCCCCAUUGCUCUCAAAGGCCAGGAUGUUCUCUGCAAGGCCAAGACUGGGUCUGGAAAGACUGCCGCAUAUGUUCUGCCCCUGCUAGCCGGAAUCCUGAAGCGCAAGGCCUGCGACCCCGACCCUGCCACCACCGCCCUUAUCCUUGUACCCACACGCGAGCUGGCCGAUCAAGUAUUGAAAGCAAUUGAGCAAUUCUCGGCGUUUUGCUCGAAUGAUGUCCGCGCCGUCAAGCUCACCGAUAAGCUGUCUGACGCCGUCCAGCGAUCUCUGCUCGCUACACUGCCUGAUAUCGUCAUUUCGACACCCGCGCGCGCGUGGCACAAUGUCAAUGGCAACUCAUCCGCCUUGUCUCUGAGCAAACUUUUACAUCUUGUCCUUGACGAGGCGGAUUUGCUACUAUCAUACGGUUAUGAUAGCGACCUCGAGAAUUUAUCCUGGUCAAUACCGAAGGGGAUACAGACAAUCAUGAUGAGCGCUACUUUGACGUCGGAAGUCGAUUCGCUGAAAAAGAUUUUCUAUCGCGAUAACGUGCCCGAAUUGCUGGACUUGGAAGAGCCGGAUAACGAGGGCGAGGGCAUCACGCAGCUCGUGACCAAAUGCGGAGAAGACGAAAAGUUCCUUUUGGCCUAUGUCAUAUUCAAGCUCAAGCUCGUCAAGGGCAAAUGCAUCAUAUUCGUUGGCGACAUCGACCGCUGCUACCGCCUGAAGCUCUUCUUCGAACAGUUUGGCAUUCGCAGCUGUCUUCUGAACUCGGAGCUACCCGUCAACUCCCGAAUCCACGUCGUAGAGGAGUUUAACAAGAACGUCUACGAUAUUAUCAUUGCAUCUGACGAAAAGGAAAUUUUGGGAAACGAAGAUCAGGCUAAGGAGGAGGUCGAGGAGGCCGAGGAGGCCGCUGAUGGUGACGACGCUGAGGAGGCGACGGGAGCAAGCGAGAAGCGGCCGAAGAAGAAGCGCAAGUCUGCAAAGCAGGAUCUGGAAUACGGCGUGUCGAGAGGCAUCGACUUUAAGAAUGUGGCGGCUGUCAUCAACUUUGACCUGCCGACAAGCGCGUCAUCCUAUACACACCGCAUCGGGAGAACAGCGCGGGCCGGAAAGGCAGGCAUGGCGCUGUCGUUUGUGGUGCCCAAAGAUCAGUACCGCAAGCACAUUCCAACGACAAUAGCCAGCGCGGAAAAGGACGAAAAGAUUCUUGCGCGUAUCACGAAGCAGCAAGCCAAGAAAGGCAAGGAGAUCAAGCCAUACAACUUUAACCCCGAGCAAGUGGAGGCGUUUCGGUACCGAAUGAACGACGCGCUGCGAGCCGUAACCAAGGUAGCGGUGCGUGAAGCAAGAACAAGGGAGCUCCGACAAGAACUUCUCAAGAGCGAAAAGCUCAAGCGAUAUUUUGAGGAGAACCCGACGGAGAUGGCCCACCUGCGGCACGAUGGUGAACUCCGGACGGCGCGGCAACAGGCGCACUUGAAACACAUUCCGGAAUACCUGCUGCCAAAGGAGGGCAAGGAGGCAUUGACGGCAGACAAAAUUGGUUUCGUGCCGCUGCGCAAGGUUGGCGGCAAGGAUCGGAGAAGCAAGAGGGGCAAGUCGGGGAAGAGAAUCGGGGCGCGCAAGGGAGACCCAUUAAAGACAUUUUCGGCGCGUAGAAGGAAGUGA